CUUGGCCCCCCUUUGUUUCAGCUGAAGCCCCCUCCCUGGAGAGUGUGACGCUGCUUCCUGUUGACCACUUUCCCUCUCCAGCUGAACCCGGCCAGCUUCCUCCCUCCGUCUCGCUCCAUCCCAAUCCCAAGGUCACAACUACAAGAAGCUCUCGCCAAUCUCAUCCCCUUCCAACGAAUAGCCAUGCACAGAGGAUCCGGUCUCAUGCGUGCCAUUCCCCGGAGUGCCACCAAGGCUCGCCGGGCGAACAGUGCCUUGCUCAAUGCUACCCGUACUCUCGUCAGUGCGGCCAAGCCGGCUGUCCCGGCCGUGGUAGCCAAAUCCAGCCUACCCCGCUUCACCAAAAACCAAGUCGAUCAACCACGAUCGUACGCCUCUGAGGCUAAAGCUCAAAUUGGUCAGAUCAAGACAGUCAUCGGAGCCGUCGUGGAUGUCCAAUUUGACAGCGAAAACUUACCCCCGAUUCUCAAUGCCCUCGAAGUUCAAGACUUUGGGCAACGACUGGUGCUUGAGGUAGCCCAACACUUGGGUGAAAACACCGUCCGAACCAUUGCCAUGGAUGGUACCGAAGGUUUGGUUCGUGGCCAAAAGGUUGUCGACACUGGGGCUCCUAUCCAAAUUCCCGUCGGCCCUGAGUGUUUAGGCCGCAUCAUGAACGUGAUCGGAGAGCCAAUCGAUGAACGUGGCCCCAUCAAGACCAAAACCAUGAUGCCCAUUCACGCUGAACCCCCAGAGUUCAUUGAUCAAUCCACCAUUCCCGAAGUCUUGGUCACUGGUAUCAAGGUCGUCGAUCUCCUUGCUCCAUACGCUCGUGGAGGGAAGAUUGGUCUCUUGGGUGGUGCCGGUGUCGGCAAGACUGUGUUUAUUCAAGAGUUGAUCAACAACGUCGCCAAAGCACACGGUGGUUAUUCCGUCUUCUGUGGUGUUGGUGAGCGAACACGUGAGGGUAACGAUCUGUACCACGAAAUGAUUGAAACUGGUGUAAUCCAACUGAACAAUGACAAGAGCAAAGCCGCCCUUGUCUUUGGACAAAUGAACGAACCCCCUGGAGCUCGUGCCCGUGUGGCUUUGACUGGUUUGACUUUAGCUGAAUACUUCCGUGACGAAGAAGGUCAAGAUGUGCUCUUGUUCAUCGACAACAUUUUCCGAUUCACCCAGGCUGGUUCCGAAGUAUCUGCAUUGCUCGGUCGUAUCCCCUCCGCCGUCGGUUAUCAACCCACACUUUCCACCGAUAUGGGUGGUAUGCAAGAGAGAAUUACAACUACACGGAAAGGAUCGAUUACCUCAGUACAAGCCGUCUAUGUGCCUGCUGAUGAUUUGACCGAUCCUGCCCCGGCCACUACUUUCGCUCACUUGGAUGCCACCACCGUGCUGUCCCGAGGUAUUUCCGAAUUAGGUAUCUACCCAGCCGUCGACCCGCUUGACUCAAAAUCUCGUCUUCUCGACCCCCGAAUUGUUGGACCCGAGCACUACAACCUUGCCACUGCCGUCCAAAAAUUGUUGCAGGAUUACAAGGGUCUUCAAGAUAUCAUUGCCAUUUUGGGAAUGGACGAACUGUCUGAAGAUGACAAGCUCACUGUCGAGCGAGCACGAAAGGUCCAAAGAUUUAUGUCUCAACCUUUCGCUGUCGCUGAGGUCUUCACUGGUCUUGAGGGUCGACUUGUGCCUUUGAAGGACACCAUUGAAUCUUUCAAGGGUAUCCUUGCUGGUCAACAUGACCACUUACCCGAGAGUGCCUUCUACAUGGUCGGUGCCAUCGAUGAUGUCAAGGCCAAGGCUGACAAAUUAGCCGCCGAGAUGAAAGAUAAUUAGACAACCAACUUUCUCUUGGAGUACACACCAAAUCUAUAAGAUUGAGAAACCGAGAUAUAUAUAUACUCAAUUUUGUUCUUUAUAUCAACAUUAGCCCUGAUUUGGUUGUACUUAUUUGAGUGAAUUUUGUCUCUCAGCUUCAAAAGAAAUGUGGGAACCCCGCUUCACGUUCCCUUCAUGGUAGAUUUUGAUCGCUCUCAUUCUCUGAAAAUCUUAUAAUUAAAUACAUCAAAACAAACCAAGGCUUUGUAGCUGGCUGAGUCUUCUCCCUGGGAUCCUUGGCCCUCUCGGGUGCACUUGUAAAAUCAUCCAAGCCUAUUUGUUAAAGAAUGAGUUUGACAGGCUUUGUUGGCUAGCUGUUGAUCAGGAUUCAUAAAUGUGGGUACCAAGUUGGCCAUCUUGAUACUUGGCUGACA